CCAGGAUCCAUGCAAAACUACAACCAAAGCUAUGGGAGGGCUUCCCCGGUGGGGGAGAGGUACUUCCGUGUAUGGACUAUUUAAAUAGUUUUGUUCCCCAUGAUAGGGUAUGGUUUUAAGGGUCUUCAUCCUGAAAUAGGGUAUUACGUUUGCCUUUGUUGGCCUUGUGUUCCCAGUGUGAUCAACAGAUAGGGUAUUGUUAUAAUAUCAGCUAAAAUUCAAGUUCAUAAAGUUAAAUCCCUAGCUACACGAGAAAAAGUCAUCUGUUAAAACUGAAUUUUACCUUAGAGUAUGAGGAAAGCAAUUUAAGGAAGAUUUGUGUUUCUAUUUAACAAUUUUUCCAUGAGUGCAAAUUGGAUAUGAGAUGGUAGAUAACCUGAACGAGGCACGUAGUGCCGAGUUGGCUAUAAUCAUCUCAUAUCUGAACAUCACUGUGAGUGGAUUUAAACACGCCCACAAAAUAUCUUUGAGAAUUCUUCCCGACUUUAUUUGUAAAAAAAAAUCCGAUUUUCAACUUUUUUUUUAAUAAAUUAUUUUGAGCAGACGUGUACAGUUACCAUAUUUGGAGAACAUGGUACAAUGGCUCAUAUACCAUGAUGGCUAAGCCAGUCAGAGCUCUAGAAUUGCAUUAUCCAAUGUUUCAGUUUUUAAUAGUAAAUGAUAUGAGAUAUUUGUUUAUGUGCUGCUGUGAAGCGUAUGGUUUUCAGGCAGUUAAAAUAGUCUCAGGGCAUAGUUUUUAGAGGGGACUGGUAAAAUGAAAGGCACCAAACAUCAAAGAUAAAAACAACAGUGCUGUAGCUUAUGUUGGAGGCUCCCUGAUCAUGCACAAUCCUUUGUUUUCCGUUGGCAAAUUGUGAUGGAAUAAAUUAAUGGGACGUUUCCAUUGGUCAAUACUAUCAAAAUGCUAGGAAUGGUAUUAAACGUUGUGCACCGUCAGGUCCACAAAGACAUGUAACAAAGGAGUCUGACAGGUUUCAUAACCAUUCCAAUCCAUUACCUAUGGUCUGGGUUUGGGCCUAGAAUAGGAUAUCAUUUUGUAGGAAACUGAUCAGUGGGUUGAAAAUUCUAGUCUAGACUAGAGAAUUGACACUCCGAAAACAAAGAAGUCACCAAACCUUAAUUUACCCACAACUCGGUUAAAUAGCAAAGAAAGCGUCAAAAGCCUCAGUAAGCCUCAGUGAUUUCUGCAAAAAAAGUGGCUCUAGGAUAGGGAGAAAUUUUGGAAGUUCAGUCUAGUUCAGGGUAGCAGAAUUUUUUAAAACUGCAGUAGGUCUGGUAAAGGCUAUGGGUUCCAGGGUCUGAGCAGCACAUUUCCAGCUAAUAGAAAUAUUUAUCAUUUUCUUUUGCCUUGAAGGAACAUCUGUCGUGGAGGCCAUAUCUUUGUUUAAAGAAGAAGUCUCCUGCAGUUCUCAGUACUUUGGCGACAACAGUCUCAAGUGUGCAAUAGAUUACUUAUUUCUGACUUUUUUUCAACACUACAAGUUAUAUCAGUUUCUGCUGACAAAGGAAAGGGCUUGUGAAAUUACAAAUCUUCAUUGUGUUGUUGAACCACCAGCAACACCACUGUUCUCUUUAAAGGAAGGUGUACCAAAGAGUGUUUGGGAUGAACAACAGAGGUUACAACAAAUCGAUGAAAUGGAACAGAUAAGAAAUCAGGUAACAUUGGUAUAAUGGACACACUCUGGGACACAAUGUUGUGUGUGUUUUUUUUUCGAUCACACUGUAAAACAAGUUUGCAACAUAUUUUUAGUUAAGGGUGUUGUUUGGUCAUUUUAUUAUUUUGGCUCUUUAGUUAAUGUUAGAUGGAGGGUUGGUGGAGAUAAACAGAUAGCACUGGUCCUAGAGAUAUUUUGCUGUAUUUUUUACUCUUCUAAAAGAAGCAGGAUCCUAGAGAGGGGCACUCCCAUAUGAUAUUGAUGGACAUGUUCAGCAUAACAAUAAGGGGUUUGAAAUUGUAGGUGGUUUUUUCACUUAGGGACUUCUUCAGGGUGGAAAACAGAAAGGCAAUAUUUGACCAUUUAAUGUAUUGCUAAGGGUUGCAUGUAAAGAAAUUCUUCAUGUAGAUAAUUAAGGACUGAUCGCACUAUUGCCUGCAUAGGUGAUGGUAUUAGCAGGCAACUGUUGUUGUUACUGGUGGCAGAGCCUUAAGAAGAUUGAGCAAAACUCAAACUUGUGAUUUUCUCCGGUGGCUUCUCUGCUCACGAAAAUUCCUCCAGGCUUUACUUGCAAGAAAGUAUUCCACACAUCAAACAAUCCCACCAGAAGUGAUAUGCUGGCUCGUGACACUUUAUUGGAAGAUUAAGUCUCUUUUAAGGAUUAGUCAAGCCUGAGCCAUGCCCAAUUGGUCUCCUUUGGUGUGGGAGUACAACCCCCCAACUUCCCCCACUGACCCGAGCUGGAUAACAAAAUUAUUCUCUUUAAUUAUCCAACAGGAAAGAGAAGCAUACUUUGAACAAGAAAUACAGCAGGCUGUUCAGCGGCUGGAAGAACAGUUUUAUGAAUUUGAAUCGUUACCAGAACAUGUAACAAGAGAGCAACUAACCUCCAUCAUUAGAAGCAUUGCUGUUAAUAAAGCAGCUGUUACAAAUGCUUCAAUCAGUCAGAAAAUACAACAAAUACAGGACUUGCUGGAGUUCAAGUAUAAACGUAGGAAUGUUGAUAAUGAGACUGUUGACAAAGCUGGCAAAAAAUCUGCAAAAUCAGGCAGUCGUUCUGGCAGGAAGUGAACUUUAUCCACUUGAAAGUAAAAUUGUUCGGUGUAAAAAUUACUGUGUGUCUAAAAAACAAUUUUGUAGAUAUUCCUGUGUUGAUGAACUUCCAUUUUCCCCUUCAGGAAGUACUUACGUAACCUAAAGAAAUUGCAAGACUACCAAAAAGAAGGAGAUCUUUUAGGUGUCUGAAUUAAUUUUUUGUUAGGUUAGAUUUCUUUAAGAGAAACAGCUUUUAGUACGCAGAUAUUUUCAAGCUCUCCGUUGCAGUGUGUUAUUUAUUAAGUUAGACAAUGAACAG